UUCAUCAUGACACUCGUUAUUUUUGCUUGCCUAGUGUGAAAGUUAAAGCUACCAUUUAUUUCAUCAUCAAGUCAUCAGUUAUUUUUUUAGGAAAUAAGUUUAAAUAUUUGAUUUUUGAUUAAUUUUAUUUUGAUGAUCACGUUUAUAAUUAUCUGAUAACUUUUAUUUACAAUAACACGCUUGUGGAACUGUGUGAUUUGAAUUGCUUGAAACUGAAAUUCUGCGUAUUUAUCUUCUAUCAUCAUCAUGAACUCGAAAAGGAAAAAGAAAGUUGAGGAGAUUGAAGAUCCAGCCAGUGCCAGUAAAAGUGGUUAUUCCUCUGAUUCUAAUCAGGACUCAUCUGAGGCCUCAGGUUCAGAUGCUGGUAAAUCUCAAUAUGCCAAGGUUAAUCGAGUUUCUUUAGACAAGGAAAGUGAUGAAUAUCGUAAGAAGAGGCAAAGAAACAAUAUCGCAGUUAAAAAAUCACGACAUAAGUCAAAGAUCAAGACUAUGCAAACUCUUGAGAGAGUAAACGCUUUGAAGGCUGAAAAUGAGCAAUUACAGCAAAAGAUUGUGAUUCUUUCGAAAGAAUUAGCUCUUCUCAAACAACUGUUCUUGGCUCACGCUCAGAAUGCCCACAAUUCAGAUCUAAGUGAAAGUGAACUUAAAGAACUGUUUUCAAAUGAAACAUACCAGGAAUUAAUUGGCGGUAACACCAGCUAAAAUUGGCUUACGCUUUGGAACUUAACAGAUGUCGAUGCAUGUAAUCCUUAGAGUUCUAAAGUUUUUCUUUCAUGAUCAUACUCCUCUUUUGACAUUAAUUUCAACUCUAAAUCCAUCCAAAUCGUUGACUCGGCGCUUCUCCGUUUCCUGCCUUCUCUUGUUACCAUUUUUUUACAGUAGGAGCUGCAGUUAUCAAACAAUCAGAUACCCGACUGAUUAAUGGCUGAAGUUUACUUUAACCGGCGAAAAUCGAUUUCAUAAGCUAUUAACAAGUAAUAUUCACCCUCUGGAUUCAAUCUACGGACUGUAAAAUGUUAUUGAAAUGUACACAAUAAACUAAACUUAUUUUAGCCGCUUCG